CAAGAUAAGCAACAUACGAAGCGUCACACCGACCGAAGUAAUAAUAGGAAAUUCGCCAAUUUAUGAAUUUAUUCGUGGCUGGGCCUUUGUUUCUGAGGUUUGUUGUUGUGAAUCAAAAUGAAGUCCCUAGUUUUAACUGUUGUCGGUUUACUGACAAUUUACUCAAUUAAUUGUGAAGUGUAUUUCGAGGAGAAAUUCCCAGAUGAUUCAUGGGAAAGUAGUUGGGUGUACAGUGAACACCCCGGUAAGGAAUUCGGCAAAUUCAAGUUAACAGAAGGAAAAUUCUACAAUGACCCCGAAGAAGAUAAGGGUCUUAAGACCUCGGAAGAUGCGAGGUUCUACGCUCUCUCACGCAAGUUCAAGCCCUUCAACAAUAAAGACAAGCCUCUAGUUAUUCAGUUCUCUGUGAAACAUGAGCAGGAGAUCGACUGCGGUGGUGGAUAUGUCAAGAUCUUCGACUGCAAGCUGGACCAGAAGGAUAUGCAUGGAGAGUCUCCUUAUGAAAUUAUGUUUGGCCCUGACAUCUGUGGUCCUGGUACCAAGAAGGUGCAUGUGAUCUUCAGCUACAAGGGCAAGAAUCAUCUAAUCAAGAAGGACAUCCGUUGCAAGGACGAUGUGUACACCCACUUGUAUACAUUGGUCGUCCAGCCUGACAACACCUACGAGGUCCUCAUCGACAAUGAGAAGGUUGAAUCUGGAGAGCUGGAGGCCGAUUGGGACUUCCUGCCGCCUAAGAAAAUUAAGGACCCUGAAGCCAAGAAGCCCGAAGACUGGGAUGACCGCGCCACCAUCCCCGAUCCUGAUGACACGAAGCCCGAAGAUUGGGACAAGCCAGAGCAUAUUCCUGACCCUGAUGCCACCAAGCCCGAGGACUGGGAUGAUGAGAUGGACGGCGAAUGGGAGCCACCCAUGAUCGACAAUCCCGACUACAAGGGUGUUUGGGCGCCAAAGCAGAUUGACAACCCUGCGUACAAAGGAGCGUGGAUCCACCCAGAGAUCGACAACCCUGAAUACACAUCUGACGCUAACCUGUACAGACGCAAUGAGCUCUGCGCGGUCGGCCUUGACUUAUGGCAAGUCAAAUCUGGCACCAUCUUCGAUAACUUCUUAUUCACUGAUGAUCUUGAAGCCGCUAAAGAGCGAGGCGAGCAGAUCAAGAAGACCCAAGAAGGAGAGAAGAAGAUGAAAAAUCAACAGGAUGAAUUAGAGAGGGAAAAGGAAAAGGCAGAGAAGCCUGAUGAUGAGGAUGAUGAAGACCUCGACGACGAGGCCGGUGAUGCCACACCUAUUGAGGAUCACGACGAGCUGUAAGCUGCGCGUGUGUGUGUAGAGACAAUAUAGUACCGUCGGGUACACGAGCGUGUGCGUGCAGGCUCUCGUUGAAGCCUUUAGAUAAAUAUUAGGUUUGUCUUGUGCGACGCUGUGUUCAAUUCCAGUCUACUAAUUAUAUGUGGGUGCCCGUACGAUAUAUUCCAAGUUUGUUCGUCCGGCCGCUCCGUUACGGCGUCCGGCUGUACUGAUUUCUUUGUACAUAACUAAAAUCACGCUCAGGUUUGAAAAUGUUAAUUUGCGACACUGUGUGUCGUGGAUUCGUUCUGCAACGCCAGUUGUGGCAGCCUAAGUUUUGUAACAUGUAAGAUUCAACUGACGUUGUAGAACGGAGCGAUAAUUGUGUAUGUUUCUCAUUUAUGUUUUGAAAUGAGUCUGAUUAAAAUUAAUAUAUAAAUAUA